AUGGCAAAAUUUGUUUGUUACCAAUGUGAUUCACGUGUUGAUGAUUAUUGUGGCGAUCCAUUUAAAAUGCAUCGUGCUAAUCGUACAGUUGAAUGUGCUGAUUAUUGUGUAAAAUUUUUUCAUUUUGAUGGAAUAUCAACAAAUGAUACCUAUGUACGUCGUGGUUGUUUAAAUGAUUAUUUUCUUUUUCGUUUAUCAAAAAUCGAUGUUUGUUAUCGACAUGCAACUGGAGCAAAUUUUAGCACAGGAAGAUUUUGUAUGUGUGCAAAAGAAAUGUGUAAUCGAGCUUCGUCUAUUAAAAGCAAUUUAUUACCAUAUUUUAUAUUUGGAUUUCAAAUAUUGAUAUUAACUAGAUUAAAAAGGAUACUUUUUUAA